UCAGUUCUUAAAAUCAGCCCAAGAAUUCAGGAUUCAAGUUAUACAUUAAGGAACAUGGUAGUCAUUGUAACCAAACAGCCGGCAUAUUUCAUACCCAGCUUAACCAAACCAGUACCAUCAAAAUUAAGAAUCGAAGAGACUAACAAAGAAAGCAACACAGACGAGAGCAACGAGAAGAGAAGACGAGACAAAAUGGGAGGAGGAAUGGAAACAAACAAGAAUAAAUUCAUAGAGGAUUGGGGUGCUGCUCGGGAGAAUCUGGAGCAUAACUUCCGCUGGACUCGCCGCAACUUUGCCCUCAUCGGUUUAUUCGGCAUAGCUCUUCCCAUCUUCGUCUACAGGGGCAUCGUCAAAGAAUUUAAUAUGCAAGAUGAAGAUGCAGGCAGGCCGUACAGGAAGUUUCUUUGAAUUUCUUCUUUAUUUAUAUUUUGUAUGAAUCAAUAAUAAUUGUGCCUGAAGCAAAACUGGUUUUCCGUUCGGACCUCUUUCCGCAUAACUGGGGAUUGCUUGCUUUUCAUUGUUGACCUGUAGUGUUAUCUAUAACAUUUGAAAUCUGCCAAUUUGCUGAGAAUGCUGAAUGUUCUGUGAGUUAUUAGUUCUGCUAUAACGGUAUGUUUAAUUCA